AUGGCGGCGCUCCUCUGCCUCCGGAGGCGGGCGGCGCUUACCGGCGUGGCGCCCAGGCUGGCCACCGCAGCGAGGCAAGGUGCUCUAGAUUGCGGGAACGGCGAUGGGAACAGCCCGUGGGGGCAGCUCCCGCCCUUCACGCCGCUCGACGCCGCCGCUGCGGCUGCGAGAGCCAUCUCGGUGGGUGGAGAAGGCGGAGCGGGCGCCAGUGCCACCGCGAUCAGACGGGUCCGCCGGUGCUGCCCCCACCUGCCGACCUCGGUGGUGCACAAGCUGUUCCGUCUCCGCAAAGUUAAGAAGAAUGUUGUCACUGCUGAGCAACAUCGGUUGAGAAGGGUUUCAGCAAAAGAUCAAUUAAUGCCGGGCGAUAUCCUCUUUCUGCCUGUUCAUCCCAAAGAAUCUUCGGUUGCUGAGAAGACUAAGAAAUUUGAUAACAGGAAUGGGAUUGAUUUUCUGCGUAGCCUUGAAAUUUACAAGGACGAAGCCAUCAUCGUGAUCAACAAACCCCCUGGAAUGCCAGUACAGGGCGGUACUGGCAUUAAAAACAGUAUAGAUGUAUUGGCCUCCAUGUUUGAAGAAAAUUCUUCUGAAGCACCUCGUCUGGUUCAUAGGCUUGAUAGAGACUGUAGUGGUGUCCUUGUUCUGGGUAGAAAUCAACGUAGCACUACAAUGUUGCAUGCUACAUUUCGUGAGAAAACUGCUGAUGCUUUAGCUGAUGGUACUCAACAUGUGCUGCAGAGAAAAUAUCUUGCUCUUGUGAUUGGAACACCUAGACAUCCCAAGGGUUUGCUGUCAGCUCCGCUUGCAAAGGUUCUAUUACAAGACGGCAAGUCUGAGCGUCUGACUGUUAGGGCCAGUUCAAAUGCUGCUCCUGUUCAGGAUGCUUUGACAGAGUACCGAGUGAUUGAAUAUUGCCCCCAUGGCUACACUUGGCUAGAACUAUUUCCUCGUACUGGAAGAAAGCAUCAGCUCCGAGUUCACUGUGCAGAGGUUCUUGGAACACCAAUUGUUGGGGAUUACAAGUACGGACGGCAAGCGCAUCAGAACUGGAUGCCCCUUCCCCUGCCAAGAACAAUUAAUGAGGAAUUGCUCAGGAAGAGGAAGCUUCCCUUUGGGCUUGUGGGUGGUGGAAGCAUCGCUGAGGAGCAACCUCAGCUUCAUCUACACUGCAAACAAAUGGUUCUUCCUGAUAUCUCAAUGGCUGUCCAUAGAUUGCAAUCUGAUGUUGAUCCCGAUCUCUCAGAUUUUGAGAAGCUUAACUUUGUUGCUCCCCUGCCGUUGCAUAUGCGGUUGAGUUGGGAGAUUUUGAAGUCUGUGGAAACGUGAAGAUAUUUCAUGUCGUCUGCCUCUUCUUUACAAGGCUAUAGGCGCUUUUGUUUGUGAUACAUGCUAACGCCUCCCCUAAGCAAGAGUCAAAUAGAGGUCCUGCUUUACUAUUCUUCAUGCUAUGUUUUAGUCAAUGAACAAUUCACACUGCAACCAUGAUUUCGAACACCAGGCCUGAGAUUUAGAGCAUGUUUGGUUGCUACCCUGUGCAAUGUGUCCGAGUAUUUUCCAUGCCAGAGGUUGGCCUGAGGUUUCUUACAAAAUUUACCUAAUGCAAGGAUGUGUUUGGUUAAAGUCCUGAGAACAUGUAUGAGUGGAUCGAGUGCCAGACAGUGUUUAGCUCAUAUUUUUCCUGAGCAUACACUAACCAGAUUGUACAGCCGUACAGGGGUGGUUGGACUAACCUCUACAUAUUAUCAACUU